GCGGGCUCACUCAGACAUAUUGCCGCGCGUGGUAAUUCAUUCUGUCCUUCAUUUCGUUCAGAGUGAAAGAGAAGCCGAUUAUUAGCUAAACAUGGCAGGCUAUCUAAAGGUUCUCAGCGCUCUCACCAGAUCUGCUACUGCUUUCUCCAAAAGCCCAACGGUCCUCUCUGCUCCAGCUUGUCAGACUAUACAGCAGAGGAACUAUGCUGACAAGCGCAUCAAGGUUGCCCAGCCAGUUGUGGAGAUGGAUGGAGAUGAGAUGACUAGGAUAAUCUGGGAAUUCAUCAAAGAAAAGCUUAUUUUGCACAAUGUUGAUGUGGAGCUGAAGUACUUUGACCUGGGCCUACCCUACCGUGACCAAACUGAUGACCAGGUCACCAUUGACUCUGCCUUAGCAACCAAGAAAUACAAUGUUGCUGUCAAGUGUGCGACAAUCACUCCUGAUGAGGCCAGGGUUGAAGAAUUCAAGUUGAAGAAAAUGUGGAAAAGUCCCAAUGGAACUAUCAGAAACAUCUUGGGUGGCACAGUUUUUCGUGAGCCUAUCAUCUGCAAGAAUAUUCCCAGACUUGUUCCUGGUUGGACACAGCCCAUUACAAUUGGCAGGCAUGCCUUUGGUGACCAGUACAGAGCCACAGACUUUGUUGUGAAUACACCAGGAAAAUUUAAGAUGAGCUUUACUCCAUCUGAUGGAAGCAAAGGCCAAGAGUGGGAAGUGUUUGACUUUCCUGGGGGUGGCUGUGGAAUGGGAAUGUACAAUACUGAUGAGUCCAUCACUGGCUUUGCUCACAGCUGCUUCCAGUAUGCUAUCCAGAAGAAAUGGCCUCUUUACAUGAGCACUAAGAAUACCAUCUUGAAAGCGUAUGAUGGGCGCUUUAAGGACAUCUUCCAGGACAUCUUUGAGAAGAACUAUAAGCCUGAGUUUGACAAGCUGAAGAUCUGGUAUGAGCACAGGCUUAUUGACGACAUGGUGGCACAAGUCUUGAAGUCCACUGGUGCUUUUGUUUGGGCUUGCAAGAACUAUGAUGGAGAUGUCCAGUCAGAUAUUUUGGCUCAAGGUUUUGGCUCCCUCGGAUUGAUGACUUCUGUCCUUGUGUGUCCUGAUGGAAAGACCAUUGAGGCUGAAGCUGCCCAUGGCACAGUCACCCGACAUUAUCGGGAGCAUCAGAAGGGAAGACCAACCAGCACUAAUCCUAUUGCAAGCAUCUUUGCCUGGACCAGGGGACUGGAACAUAGAGGCAAGCUUGAUGGAAACCAAGAUCUAAUCAAGUUUUCUCAGACUCUGGAACAAGUGUGUGUAGACACUGUGGAGAAGGGGAUCAUGACUAAGGAUCUGGCUGGCUGCAUUCAUGGGCUCUCGAACGUCAAGCUAAAUGAGCACUAUGUCAACACCACGGACUUUCUAGAUGCAAUAAAGACUAACCUGGAUAAAGCCCUGGGGAAAUGAAGAAGAAGGAUACUGAAGCGGAUCUUUUCAUUUUUGUACCUCAUUUAACUUAAAUGUCAAUCAUUACUGCUGAAGGGAAAAGUUGAGCCAUGUUUUGUUCUUCAGCAGUACUGUUGGAUAGGGUUAGCUAAACUGUAUUUCUUACCAGUCCACUCCAUUUCUCCACUGUCAUUAUAACCGCAAGGUUUUAGUUUUGUAAUUGUAAUAAUGUAUUAAACCUGGAAACAAAGAUGAAAGGCAGUUUUGAAAGCAUCAAAUAAAUUUGCUUUGUCUUC